AUGGCCGAACCGCGCUUUAACAAUCCCUAUUUUUGGCCUCCACCUCCAGCGAUGCCCAGCCAGUUGGAUAACCUGGUGUUAAUCAAUAAGAUCAAGGAACAACUGAUGGCGGAAAAGAUCCGACCUCCUCACCUGCCUCCUACUUCCGUCCCUUCGCAGCAACCUCUGCUCAUCCCUCACUCGCCAGCGGAGACCAGCCAGUCUGUCAUGUCUCUACAGAAGCUGCAGCAAAUCCCAGGACUGCAUCCACAAGCUGUUCCUCAGCCAGAUGUGGCGCUGCACGCCCGACCUGCCACCAGCUCUGUCACAGGGUUGGGCCUAUCAUCGUCCCGCACAAUCAUCAGCACUUCAGAAUCCAGCACCGGUACCAGCAGCGGCACUCCCUCCACUCCAACUUCCAAUAGCCAGACCCGGCUUAUCGCCACCUCCCCGACCCUCAUCUCAGGAAUCACCAGCCCACCACUCCUGGACUCCAUAAAGACCAUCCAAGGGCACAGCCUGCUGGGACCCCCCAAACCUGAGAGGGGGCGCAAGAAAAUCAAGGCGGAGAACCCACCCGGACAUCCAGUGCUUGUCGUCCCCUACCCCAUCCUGGCUUCAGGAGAUAUUGGAAAAGAGGGCAAGACCUACAGGUGUAAGGUUUGCCCUCUGACCUUCUUCACCAAGUCGGAGAUGCAGAUUCACUCCAAGUCCCACACGGAGGCCAAACCCCACAAGUGUCCUCAUUGUUCCAAAUCGUUUGCCAACGCUUCAUAUCUAGCCCAGCAUCUGCGCAUCCACCUCGGUGUCAAGCCCUAUCACUGCUCGUACUGCGAGAAAUCCUUCCGCCAGCUCUCUCAUCUCCAGCAGCACACCAGGAUUCAUACCGGUGACCGGCCUUACAAGUGCCCGCAGCCCGGCUGUGAGAAGGCGUUCACCCAGCUCUCCAAUCUGCAGUCUCACCAGCGACAGCACAAUAAAGACAAACCCUACAAGUGUCCUAACUGUUACCGAGCGUACACGGACUCCGCCUCGCUGCAGAUCCACCUCUCGGCUCACGCGGUGAAACACGCCAAGGCGUAUUGCUGCAGUAUGUGCGGGAGAGCAUACACCUCGGAGACCUAUUUGAUGAAGCAUAUGUCCAAGCACACCGUGGUGGAGCACCUGGUCAACCACCAUUCUCCUCAGAGGAACGAUUCUCCUGGCAUUCCGGUUAGAAUUUCCCUCAUAUAA